GCUAAAUAAUAUUGUAUUUUCAGGCCGCGACAAAGUCAAGAAGAGCGAAAACCUAUUCUGGAACAAUCUACAGGCAAGUUAGUAUUAUUUCCCCGUGAAGAAGUGAAAAAUUCAAUAGUGUUUAGAGUGAUUAUUUUCUCAAGAAAUGGAAUUAAUCUACUGGUUCCUGGUUUCACUGAGUUUAAUAGACAUGGUGACGUCAAACAAACAGAAGGCAAGAAAAUUACAUAAGAGAGAAGUAAACAAACUAUGGCCAAAUAAUACGAUACUCUACCAAUUCAGUCCUGAAAUGACUAAAAGGGAAAAAGCAGCUGUCCAAUAUGCCUCGCACCAGUACACGUAUUUAUCUUGUAUUCGUUUUGUUAACAUGAAUACAUCAGAUGGCAAAGCAAUAAAGGCCAAAAUGAAACACCAAGGAUCAGUUUUGUUUAAAGGAGGAAGUAAAAACUGCUUUGCACAGAUCGGCUUUUUCAAUAGUCAAAGAUCAGCUCGCUGUUGUAGUGCGGAAACAUGUUUACACGAGCUCGGUCAUAUUCUUGGUCUUGCACACGAACAUAAGCGAAAAGACAGAGAUAAUUAUAUUCGAGUGAAGUUCGGAAAUAUUCAAAGUGAAUUUCGAAACAGGAUGUUAUCUGAAAACACACAUGAUAAGAGUGAUUUCGACUUCCAAUCUGUGAUGCUUUAUGGGCCAUUGGCAUUUUCACAGGAAAAUAAAUAUAUUUAUCAAAUUCUUGAUCCCGAUCAGCUCUAUUUAAUCGAUUACCACAAAACGUUGAGCCACUACGAUGCUCAAGACAUCAAUAACUUAUACAACUGUCGCAGACAGCAGUGUCGUUAUUUCAGACAUAAAUGUCGCAAUGAUGGGUUUGUUGUGAUGAUCGGUGGUAUUUGCAAGUGCUUCUGUCCCACCGGCUUAGACCCUGCUACUUACUGCACUAAAAUAUACAGACCAGAUGAAUCUUGGGUCGACUGGCCGGCUGGAAGUUAUGCUUUACCCAGAGCCGGAUCAAAAUGUCCGGGGAAGAAAUGGGUUAAAUUAAAUACUAAGCAUUACAUAAAUGGCUUCGUAGAGAAAGGAAAAGCUUCGCAUUCAUCUCAGUUCUUUUUCGAGGGUCACAGCCGCGAAGUGUUCUGUUUGUUUAAUGAAUCUAAAGGCAAUAACCACUGGGAAGCUGGAUCCUAUUGUCUAAUGAAGAAUGGACCUUGUCCAAACAAAUUUCAGGAGGGAUACGUGAAAAUAUACCAGUCUAAUAAGAAAUAUCGAAGUACAAUGUAUAGAUAUUGUUGCCGGAAAGAUGGUGCUGCAAUAAAACCGAUAAAACUACCAAUAUCGCAUCCGUUUAUCUUGUUUAUGUCAAACUUGUAUGAAGUGUGUCAAGUCGUAAAAGACAUGGCAUCUUACAUCGAAGAAAUUAAUUACUUAAGACAUCGAGGAAUUAGGACAUCAUUUGGUGGUGAACAUCCGCAUGUUUACAAGUGGAAAUCUGGUUUAAAAUUUAAAUAUUGUUAUUAUGUUCCUUUGAAACAAGACUGUGGCAGAGUUAUUCAACUAAAGAGGAAAGCUCGAAGUUCAAUAAUAACUUCCCCGAAUUUUCCAAGAAAAUAUAGCGAUAACCUCCUCUGUCACUGGCUUAUCAAGAGUCCAAAAAAUUCUUUGAUAAGACUUAAAUUUUUGAAAUUUUUCGUCGAAGGCAAGAAGAAAAAAUGUCCAGAUUAUGUUGAGAUUCGUUUCAAUUUGAUAGGUCAACCAGGAAUCAAAUAUUGCGGGAAAAUGCCAAUUAAGGUUGUUGUUUCACGAAGAAACAUAAUGAUGAUAACAAUGAAAACUAACUACAAAUUUUCUCGAAUCGGAUUUAAAGCAAUCGUAGACUAUAUUGAAGGAAGAAAACUUUGUUUCAAUUUAAAAGACAACGGGCGUACAUAUCGUGGUAAAGUAGAUAUGACGAAAGAAUUUGACAAGUGCCGUUUCUGGAAUGAAUCUACGAAUUGUCGGCAUCAUCCUUUCAAUAGUUGGGACAUAACCAGAGGCAUUGGCAACCACAACCAUUGUCGAAACCCAGGGCAUGGUUUACAGCCUUGGUGUUACACGGAUUCUCAUAACUGCAGUCGAAAAUAUUGUGAUGCCUGUCAGAUUGCCGGAUCUUAUGAUAUGUUCCCCAACUGCAGAAAAUUGAAACGGGAAGACAAAGAAUUUUGUACGCGCAAUGUAACCUCAAUCAAACUGUGUCACAAAACUUGUGGACAUUAUAUUGGAGCCGAGAGAAAAUUUAAACGUAAGCGGAAAUGUUUGGCACCAAGAAUUACCGAUGGUGAGGUGUUUUAUCUGAAGAAGAAAAGAUAUAAUGUCGGUGAAACAAUCUCGAUUUACUGCCAUCAGAACAAAGAAUGGCAGCAAAACGCUAGUUGUCUCUCGAAUAGUCGUUGGAAUAUGGGAAGUAUGUGUGGUAUAUGCCCUUUAGAAUGGACUCACCAUUUUGGGUCAUGUUACCGUUUUUUCCAUGAGCAACGAAUCUAUCAAGAUGCUGAAGAAAAGUGCAAGGAACAUAAUUCUGUGGUACUGGCACCAGAAAAUGAAAGAGAAUACAAGUUUAUGCUGUCGCAAAUAUAUGCUGAAAGUAGCGUAUGGAUAGGUUUAACGUUAUCAGGUAAAUCCUGGGUUACUAAUGAUCAUCAUCCUCAAUCUUGGACGAAUUGGAAAAAAGGGCAACCAAACCUAAAUAAAUCACAAGCAAAUUGUGUAGUGUUUUCCACUUUAGAUGAUAAAAAAUGGAAGAAUGUACCGUGUGACUGGUUGCACAUGAAUGCAUUCUUUUGUAAGCGGCCGGCGGUAUACCAAAUUGAGUGUCAAGACCUAAGUGAAGAAUGUUCUGAAUUUAUAAAAAAUUCUCAGCAUUUCUGUAAAACGAAACAGGACUUCGCAUUACAAUAUUGCUCUAAAAGUUGUAAUUUGUGUCAUUUACUAAAGGGGAAUGGAGAUGUGGUUGUCUCGGCCUGACGGGAAGAAAUAUUGAAGAGAAACUGAAAAAACGUCUGUCACCGUUAAUACUGAUGAUAACGAACAUGACAGCGGAGACGGCAAUAAUGAUGACAUCAAUAUUAGGGUCCCAGAAAGGUGACGAAAAACAACAACAACAACAACAACAAAGAUUUCCCUU